AUGGCGGACUCCGACGAGGAAUAUGUGGGAGAUGCGACUGAGGACGAGGAUGAUUUCCAGGUCACCCGCAAUGAUCGCACGCGGUCACGAAAGAGAAAACAGCGAGGCGGCGCCGAAUGGGAGCUGUCCCGGACCUGGGAGACUCUGGUCGAAGGGGCGGACGGAACAAUCAGUUCAACGGUGGAAGGACUGCUCGAAGCGGGGAAGCGGAAAAGGUUAGGCUUCCUGCUCUCCUGCGUGAAGCUAGGCGCUUCGCGUGGCAUUAUUCGACACCUCAUCCUGAUCCUGGACCUUUCACAGUCCAUGGCAGAGAAGGAUCUCCGACCGACCCGAUACCUCUUGACCCUGCGAUAUGCACAGGAAUUCGUGCGGGAGUUUUUCGAGCAGAAUCCCAUUUCCCAACUCGGAGUGUUGGGCCUGCGAGAUGGUCUCGCCCUGCGCAUCAGCGACAUGAGUGGCAAUCCAACUGAACAUCUCACCGCAAUCCAGUCGCUCAAAACUCAAGAUCCCAAGGGUCUUCCGAGUCUACAGAAUGGCCUUGAAAUGGCUCGAGGCGCGCUCUUUCAUACGCCGAGUCAUGGUACCCGAGAAGUGCUGGUCAUCUUCGGGUCCCUCCUUUCCUCGGACCCUGGGGAUAUUCAUCAAACUAUCAAUACACUGAUUAGUGACAAAGUACGCGUUCGAAUUGUCGGACUCGCCGCCCAGGUCGCAAUUUGUCGAGAGCUAUGUACGCGGACAAAUGGCGGUGAUGAGACCGUCUACGGUGUUGCACUCCACGAGCAGCAUUUUCGAGAGCUGAUGAUGGACGUGACAACCCCCCCGGCCGCCUACUCGCAAAAACAAUCUGCCAGCUCGCUCCUGAUGAUGGGGUUUCCCUCUCGCACCGUAGAGGCCCACUCUUCUCUCUGCGCAUGCCAUUCCAAACCGUCCCGUGGGGGAUAUCUGUGUUCGCGUUGCGGUAGCAAAGUAUGCAGUCUCCCAGCCGAGUGCCCAUCCUGUGGGCUCACCCUGAUUCUUUCGACUCAUCUGGCGCGCUCCUAUCAUCACUUGUUCCCAUUGAUCAAUUGGGUGGAAGUGCCGUGGCGACGUGCCUCGCAAAGCUCUGCCUGCUUUGCCUGCGGUCUUUCGUUCCCCGUCGUACCUCCAGAGGACCAGUGGCUAGCCUCUGAAAAUACCGCAAAGGGGAUGAGUGUGAGCAGCCGUUACGAAUGCACCGCAUGUCAGAAUCACUUUUGCAUCGAUUGUGAUCUCUUUGCUCAUGAAGUCGUCCACAACUGUCCUGGUUGCCAGAGCAGAAGCAAUCGCACACCCACCGGUGACUCUGCCAAGCCCGAUGGAAUGGAUACUAGAGCUUAG